AUGAACAACGCUCCCAAGCAGGAAGAGCUUCCUGCAAUCAAUGGGGCUCACGCCAAUGGCGCACACGAGCCGUCACUCAUGGAGCUGGAAAGUGAACUACCACAGGUCAACGACGAAAUGGUGCCAUUGGGAGAACUUCUGUCGCGCGUGGUUCAGUCAAUAUAUGCAGAGCUUACUGAGAUGGCGGAAACGCUACCUAAUAUGUCGGAUGCAGCACGAAAACGCUUGUUGGCGGACUGGGUAGUGCGGACGAAGAAACAAGUGGUCAAACUCUAUGCGACGGCGAAGUGGGCGAGGGAUGCUGAUGUAGCUCAGAAAUGCAUGCAAAGGCAGUUUGAAGAUGCAAUUGGGUAUCUUGACACUCGAAACAAGAGUCUCAAUGCUGCAAGACUCGGAAACCAUGACUUGCUUACGUCUCUUGACGUACUUACCACUGGAUCAUACCGUCGACUCCCUUCGGCAAUCAAGAAAGCCUUCAUUCCUCCCCCUCCUUUGACAGACUUUGAAGUCAGAAAGACUUUGGUUGACAUAGAAGACGCAAUACGGUUCCGUUUGCGCACCCACGAAUUUAUUCCCGUUGAAAUGUCUGAACACCACGUUGCGGACGGUCGGGUAUACUUCACUGUACCCCACCUCUUCGAGACGUCGGUUUCUCUGGGAGGUGCUGAGAAAGACGACGGGUGGUUCUUCGUACAUGUAGAUUUUCUGAUCAAUAUUGGAGGGGAUCUCACUGGGAUGGAAGAAUUCCCCCGACAACCUUCGGGCAUCUUGAAGCGCCACAUUACGGACGAAGCUGAUAAGCGACUGGCUUACUAUCGUCCUCCCCCUCCCCCACCUGUCCCUUUCCCUCCAGGCUUUGAACCCCCCUCUGCCCCCCAACUACCAGAAGGUUUCGUCGAUGCGCCGCUAGUGCGACUCUUCAAUUUCCUCCAAAUGAUGUCCCUGUCCUAUCAACUCGAGAUAUUAUGGUACCAAGCUGAGAGGAUGCGUUCACUUGGUUGGGCGGAGUACCUUUCUGUUAAAAUGUCACCAGAUAGAAAGUCAUUUAUUGCGACUUACUGGAUACGCCCAGCCCGCACUGCACCCACCCGCGCCCAAGCUCGUCCCAUUCCAUUACAAGGAGGCACCUUGACAAUAUCUAUCGUACAAUCAAAAGGACCGCCGCAGGCAGGUGGCGGUCCCACACGAACCCCCAAGCAACGAGUGCUUGCUGAACUAGAGCAUCGACUGAAAUUGGGGGUAAAUCGGCCUUCGGAUGAAGUCGAGGGUCUGCAGUUUGAAGUCAAAUGGGAACCGACACCUUAUGUACUCGCUAUGAUGAUUCCUCCAGAGUUACUGGCUAUGGCCCCGGAGGAAUUGACGAUACACGCCGAUAGCCUUGACUUUGAGUCGCUUCUACGUAGGGUGAUUGAGAGACACACCAAGGCCAUAUUUACGGUUCAUCUAUACAACCUUGCUCGAAGCCAAAAAAGAACCGUGUUUUCUGCUCCAGGAGUGGUCACCAUGGUUUCUGAACCGGACUUCUCUGCCCUUCGCAUCCAUCUCUGCGCAAACGAGGAAGUGCUCAUCACCAUCGAUGCCCGUACUGGGCGAUUGAGUCUUCGUGAUUCAGCCGAUCUCGCAGCCGCAAGCAGAGGCAUUCACUUCAACACCAUCUCAGAUCUCAUCAACGAUAAUCCUCUCAUCUUGUAUGAAGCUUUGCUGAGGUUGCGGAUGAAUACUAUCAUCGACUUUACAGAGCAAAAGGCCAAAUACCUGGGGCUGCAGUGCUACCGCACUCGAAGCUUCCCGAAGGAAGCUAUUGCCCAGAAGUUUGGCUCAACACAUCCUCACGCUCUUUACAUCCAAUUGGCCAACUUCCCCGACUACUACCUUGUACUGGUGAUAGGGGAUGGAGGAUUUCGCUACGCAGUCAUCGCCGCCGAGUCCAUGCUCGAUCCGGAGAUUGGAUACCACACAUAUAAGAUUGCUCUCUUCCAGUGGUUAGAUGUUCAGGGCAUCUUACAAAGCAAUGCACCUCGACAAGAUGAUCCUGGGUCCCCUCGGGUCACUGACACAAACUCACUCCCAAGCGAUGAUGUUGCCCCUGCUGGGUUCAACAUCGAGACUAAGGCCUUGAGGGAGGUCUACUCUUAUUGCUGCGCACUCGUUGCUUGCAAGAAAGUACAAGAUCAACUGAAAGCCCGCAAUAUCGCAUGCACCCGCGUAAAUCCUGCUGGCGGGUCACCUUCUCCUGGGGUCAAUCAUAUUCAAUCAUCGCUUGCAAGAUAUGUCCCUGCUCUGUGUGUCCAGUCAAAGGACAUCUUGUCCGGUGCUCCUGCGGCCGAAGCCGCCAUGCCCAAUAUUCGCAUCAUCCCCCUGAACUGGUGGUCAGAGAAGCAAGUGCAGGUUGUGACAUGUGUGAAACUGAAGUAUGUGCAACAGCCUACGGGGAAGACCGCUGGCGCCUUAAGCGCAGUCAUACGACCGUCAAAACGCAUCAUAUACGACACGAAAGACGCCGUUGUCUCUUUUCUAUCAGAAGACGUCAAUACGUGUGUAGAUGAGUUCUUGGAAGAAUGGGCCCGGGUUUCGAAGAUGGUUGUGAUUGCUAGGGAGGUUGCCCAGAUGGCGAAAGACAAGAAGUGGGGAGGCGUCAAGUUGCUAUCAUUUGACUUGCAGACGGUGAAGUUCGCCUAUAUGGAUGACUACACUGUAUCGAUCACUUGCAUGGACCAACUUUCCCCGACUGGCGGCACUUUCGACCUUCGAUUCUCCAGGACCCACGCUGACGAUGCCAUGGAUGAGGGCGUAUCAUUCAAUCCCCACGAUGAUGCUGAACCAUUCCUGCGGACUAUCUUGAGACAGGGCCAUGGUCGACUCGCUCCUUCCCUGCAUCGUCUUGUCGGACUCUUGAGGGACACAUUGCCUAUUGUUGUUGCUCUUGAAGACAUUCGCCUUGAGAGCUUUAACGGUGGCGCUAGCUCGUCGAAAGCGCUAGUCGGUCUUGAUACUUUCGCUAAGGCUGCGGGGUGGUAUCGCAUUUUGUAUGGUGAUCUCAGACACGCACUCGACUUCCGGUUAAUGCAUGAUCAGAAAGUAGUCAUACUGGAUGGCUCUCAUUCCUUAUUCAGCAAAUCUUCCAGCGAGGACGACGCUAGCAAUCUCGGGCUGAAACCACUCCCCAAGCUUCGCGAGGCUAUAGGGGCAGCGGUGAAGGAAGUGCGAGCCACCGCAGCUCGAGGGAGGAUUGCCCCGAUCGACGUGGGCGUAGUGUGUGACUGUGCAGUGGUCCGACCUCUCGCAAAGGCGCUCCAUGCCCAGAUACUCCUCCGACUAAAUGAACUACCUAACUAA